AUGAGCGGCCCAGCAGAGACUAAAGUAUUAGCAGUGUGUUUGGGUAAUAUCUGCAGAUCCCCAAUGGCGGAGGGAGUUCUCAAACAAAUCAAAGACGAGAAUAACUUGCCUGUGUUUGUGGAAUCUGCCGGUACUGCUGCUUACCACGAGGGCGAAUACGCAGACGAAAGAACGAUAUCCACACUCUUAAAUCACGGAAUUACGAUGGAUUCACUCGCUAGGAAGGUCAGGCAGAGUGAUUUCAAUGAGUUCGACCACAUACUCGCCAUGGAUGGCAGUAACCUUUCAAACCUCCUCAAAAUAGCUCCAAAGAACUGUAAAGCCGAUGUUAAACUCUUUGGUUCAUAUGGCGAUGGCAAGGCUAUACAAGACCCAUACUACGGUGGACAAAUGGGAUUCUCAAAAACUUAUGAGCAAUGUUUGAAAUACGGGAAGGCAUUCUACGAAUCUCUCGGCUACACUUUAAACGCAAUAUAG